AUGCGUCGACAUCGACAAAUCGCAUUAUUAGGUUUUCCAGGUGUUGGAAAAUCUUCUCUUGCUCAUCAUUUUGUUUAUAAACAUUUUUAUAAUGAAUAUGACCCAAAUAUAAAAACAAAUCUUCAACAUCAAUGUGUUAUUAAUGGACAAGAAUAUGAAUUAACAAUAAUUGAUAAUGCUGGUUCUGAUCAAUAUACACUUAAUCAUAUAGAUUUUGAAAAUAGUGAUGCUUAUAUUCUUGUUUAUGCUAUUGAUGAUAUUCAAAGUUUUAAAAUGGUUUCAAAAAUUCGAGAUAAAAUAAUGUCAACAAGUACUGUUACAAGAAUUCCAAUGGUUUUAGUUGGAAAUAAAAUCGAUCGAAAUGAUGAACGAGUCGUUUCAAGUGAAGAAGGUCGAUCUUUAGCUAAUGCAUGGAAAGUUCAAUUUGUUGAAGCAUCUGCUAUGGAUAUUCGAGCUGUUCAAGAAAUCUUUGAAAAAAGUAUAAAAGCAAUGGAUAAUAUUGAUACCAAUGAAAAUGGAAUAAAUGAAUAUUCAAAUGAAAAAGUUAAUUCUCGUCGUUCAUCAAAUUCAUCUGCUAAUAUUAAUUCAAAUUCCAAACAAAUAAUUAAUAGAAAUUUAUCAAAAACUCAAACUCAUACAAAUAAAACAUGUUUAAUUAGUUAA